AUGCGUCUCACUCACUACGUCCUGGCCGGCCUGUGGGCUACGGCGGUAGACGUCUUAGCUGUCCCUGAUCCCCCAGACUAUGGUAAGAAGCCUGGAUAUGGCGACCCCCCGCCGCCAUCCUACCCUGAUUAUGGGAGCAAGCCUCCAUACCCCGACAAGCCCUACUAUCCAGAGAAGCCUCCUGAGAAGCCUUACUAUCCGGACAAACCUCCUGAGAAGCCUUACUAUCCGGAAAAGCCUCCCGAGAAACCCUACUACCCGGAGAACCCUGACUAUCCCAAGAAGCCAGAGUACCCGAAAAAGCCUGACCUCCACAAGAAGCCAGACUAUCAUGAGGGGUACGGUCACGCAAAGGUUGUCAAUUUUUGCCCGUUCGAGGUCUACUUGUGGUCUGUUGCUUGGGACACGGACGGCCCUUACACGAUUGGCUGCCGCCAGGAGUACGUUGAAAAGUACUUGAAAGGUGGCGUAGCAUUGGAAAUUGUCACCGACAAGGAUUCGUGGUACAAGGACAAGGACAAGCUCAUCCUCUACUACAAGAAGUACGAUAAGAAGGUCUACUACGACCUGUACGAGAAGUACGGCCACCCCUUUGAGGGCCACAAGGUGUCUCUCAAGCCUGAAGAAGACUACUGCCCUGCUGAGUACUGGGAUGAUGGUUGCGAGAUUGACGACGGCGGCAAGAAAACUUGCGAUGACUUCAGCGACCUGGUCUUGUAUCUCUGCGAGGAAUACAAGGACAAGAAAUAUCCGAAGCCGUCGCCCAAAUACCCCCCCUAUACUCCUCCUAAGUACCCAGAUAAGCCCCCAUAUGGACCACCCCCGGGUAAACCACCGCCAUAUGGACCACCACCAUAUUUACCACCCCCAUACAAGCCGCCACCAAGUGAACCACCCCCAUACGGGCCGCCACCAGGUGGUCCGCCACCAUAUGGUCCGCCACCAUAUGGGCCGCCACCAGGUGAACCACCCCCAUAUGGUCCGCCACCUGGAGUACCUCCUCCAUAUGGACCACCCCCAGAAGUACCGCCUCCAUAUUUACCGCCUGACUUACCAAAGAUCCCUCCCCGAUCUGUUACACCACCUGACGUACCAAAACUACUUUCCGGUCCAGGACUUCCCGAUCCGGGCCUUCCUGGUCCGUCAGGGCUGCGCAAGUUGACCAGGCGCGGGUACAACAAGGCUCGCUCCGCGGAAGGACAGGGAGAAGAUGACGACAGCCAGGACUGGCACGCCAGGCAGUGGGAGAACGACAAGCCAAGCUGGGACGCGGACGCCAAGUGCAAAGAUUGUGGUGAGAGGGAGCAGGGGUCCGUUGUUGACAUGACGGACGGUAUAGAGUAG